CAGUAGUUCUAUCCUCUGUCCUCUUUGUGUCAUUCCUUAUACCAUUAAAAUGGCUGUUGUGGCAAAGUCUGCUCUCCGCAGCUCUGUGCGCCCCGCUACGGUGGCCAGCCGAGCUGCUCGCGUGGUGCCUCGCGCUGCCAUUGAGUGGUAUGGCCCUGACCGGCCCAAGUUCCUGGGCCCCUUCUCUGAGGGCGAUACCCCUGCCUACCUGACUGGCGAGUUCCCCGGCGACUACGGCUGGGACACUGCCGGCCUGUCCGCUGACCCGGAGACCUUCAAGCGCUACCGCGAGCUGGAGCUCAUCCAUGCGCGCUGGGCCAUGUUGGGCGCUCUGGGCUGCGUGACCCCCGAGCUGCUGUCCAAGUACGCGGGUGUCUCGUUCGGCGAGGCUGUCUGGUUCAAGGCCGGCGCCCAGAUCUUCGCUGAGGGCGGGCUGAACUACCUGGGCAAUGAGAACCUGGUGCACGCGCAGUCCAUCAUUGCCACCCUGGCCUUCCAGGUUGUCGUGAUGGGCCUGGCUGAGGCCUACCGCGCCAACGGCGGCCCGCUGGGUGAGGGCCUGGACCCGCUGCACCCCGGUGGCGCCUUCGACCCGCUGGGCCUGGCUGACGACCCGGACACCUUCGCCGAGCUCAAGGUCAAGGAGAUCAAGAACGGCCGCCUGGCCAUGUUCUCCAUGUUCGGCUUCUUCGUGCAGGCCAUUGUGACCGGCAAGGGCCCCAUCGAGAACCUCUCUGACCACCUCGCCAACCCCAGCGCCGUCAACGCCUUCGCCUACGCCACCAAGUUCACCCCGUCUGCUUAAAUGUAGUACUUGGUCGUCUCGUGCACAUCGCAUCCUGACACCUGUUCAGAUGUUUUGUAUGUCCAGUAGUUCGUUGUGAUGUUGAAGGUUGUAUAGGUCCGUGUUUUUGUGGCAAACGCAAUUUUCCACGGAAUAUCGGCUACCGAUAGCUGGCCGCUUCGGUCCCUGUUUGCUGUUCUUUUGAUCGUUGGUUUUGCUUUGUUACCUGUGGGCAUGAAGAGCAUUCUGACCUUGCCUUUUUCGAGAAGAAGAAAACCUUAGUUGAUUUAGUUGUCCUCUCUGUGUGGAUAUGUCUAGUUGUGAUGUCUUGUAUGCUUGAUUGGUCUCUGCAGCAUCGGAUCUUUAGGUCUGGUGAUAAUCUGACUGUAUCGGCGGAUAUCUUGUAACAGUCUCAAGAUUGUCCGCAUUGAUUAUGCUUGUUAACUGAAAUAAUACUGUCACUAUUAAAAAAUAACAAUGAC